ACCCGGCUCCGGGAUGGUGCAGCGCGGCCCGCGGGGCCGGGGCGCGGAGGCUCGGCGGGAGCCCUGCGCCCCACUGCCCGCCCGUGACACCGAGCCCGCCUGGUGCAAGACGCCGAGCGGGCACAUCAAGCGGCCCAUGAACGCCUUCAUGGUGUGGUCCCAGCACGAGCGCCGCAAGAUCAUGGACCAGUGGCCCGACAUGCACAACGCCGAGAUCUCCAAGCGCCUGGGCCGGCGCUGGCAGCUCCUGCACGACUCCGAGAAGAUCCCCUUUGUCAGGGAGGCCGAGCGCCUGCGCCUCAAGCACAUGGCUGACUACCCCGACUACAAGUACCGGCCUCGGAAAAAGGGCAAGGUGGGCACCGGAGCAGCCCGGCCGCGGCUCCCAGUGAAGAUCAAGCCCUCCGUGUUGGGCCGUGUCUCUGCCAGCCGCAGGCAGCCGGCCAAGCUGCCCGCCGGCCCCAACACCCCGCAGGAGCCCGCACCAGAGGUGCCCGCUGAGGACAGCCCUGUGGUGCCUGGCACGGCUGCCUGGCACCCGGCACCCGACGGGGAGCGCAGCCCCCAGGAGCCCCCUGCACCCCUGAGCCCUACCACACCCUGCCCGGAGCCAGGGAGGUCCCCAGAGAGCGGGUCCCCCUCUCCCAUGUCAGCUGGGUCCCCUCCCUCUUCCUUCAGCUCCUCUGACGAGGAGCUGGAGGAGGAGCUGCUGGGGAUCAUGCCCGGGCGGGCGCCUGCCAGUGCCACCUGUGGUGCCCUGGACUGGUCCGUCUUCGACAAGGACCACGACCUCUACCCGCGGGGAGGCUCCUCGCACUUCGAGUUCCCGGACUAUUGCACGCCCGAGGUGACGGAGAUGAUAGCAGGGGACUGGCUCAUGUCCAGCAUCUCAGACUUGGUCUUUACCUACUGAGUCCCACGCUCUGCAGGUAACACUCAUUUUUAUUUUCACCCACAAUCAGGUCAUAUCAAAAAACAACCCAGGAAAAAAAAAACAAACAAACCGAAACCAGCUGUUUACAUGCAGGAAUCAGGAUGCAUGGCCGCCCGCUGCGGUUAUUUGCCCGUGAAAUGCAUCUCAUCGGGUUUUCAUUGUCACACCCGGCUGCUUUCCCCCAUGGCCCCGGCACUGACAGCUAUGGCUGCUCCCGGCCGCUCCCAUCUGUGCCAGCACCGUGUGCCCUCCCGCUCUCCAGGAAGCAGGAGCAUCCACGCCACCCCAGCUGUCGGUGCCCACCCCACCUUCCCCAUCCCUUGGAGAAUGGCUGAUUCCGUUUGGUUUUUGACUGCAUUGAACGCAUGGCUUCAAUUUUCUCCUCUUCCUCUUUGCAGCCCUUGGGGAGGGAUGCCGAGCCAUGCCAAACUGUCCCUUCCCAGCUCCCUAUUUUGUGAGGGGUCCCUGGCUUGGGGGUUCAGUGUCCCACAGCAGCGUCUCCUUCCCUGUGGCGCGUGCUCCCCACCACUCGCUUUGGGAAGAGCGAAGUUGCACACACGUGAUGAGCACGUGGGUGCGGGAGGCUGUGUUGUUUCUCUCGCCAGGCAGUUGUGCAGGGAAAGCUGUGCCACAGAGGGAGCCCAUGUCCAGAGUCACCCCAAAAUUGUAUGGGGACCAGCCCUUCACUAAGUAGCCAGCCCUCAUUUUAACCUUGGAGCCUGUGCCUGUGCAGGACCUGCUGUGGGCUGGCUGACCUUGGCCAGUGGAGCUGGGUGUCACUGUGCCCAGCCGUGGCGUGUGGUGCUGCUGGGAUGGCAGGGAGCAGCAUGGAAAGGCAGGGUUCGCAGCGAAGGGCAGCUGUGGAAAAUCUGCCUUAAACAACCACCCAAACUGGUCCAAGAGCAGCUGCAGCCAGUGCUGGUGGGCUUGUGGGGUGUGGGUGAUGCUCUGGCACAGGGCUCCUCCACACAGCACCACACUGGGCUCUGCUGCCGGCUACGCCAAGAGCAGGGACAUGCUGGCAGGGAAGAUGCUGCUGCAGCGGCUCCUCCAGCUGGGAUUUUCUUUGCUUUUCCUAAUGGCUCCUUCCUGCGACAGCCGCCUCCUCCCACUGCCAGGAGCACGUGGCUGCAGUGCUGGCUCGGCAGCUGCCGCAGGCUGUGGUUGUGGGGGGGGGGCAGGGGCUGUGCUCUGGUACAGCUGUGAUGGGUGGGGACCCCACACAUCCCUGGGGAUGCGGUCAUGGCCUGGGCUGCCAGCGUCUGCAAGAGCUGUACUGGGCUCGGCAGCAACUGCUGCUUCAAGCAGCCCCUGCAGUCCCCCAUGACCACGACUCCCCAGGGACUCUGGAUUUGUGGGGGCCCCCCUGAUCCUUCCCUGACAGUGGGGUGCUGGCAGCAGCAGAGCACCUGCUGCUUGAGGCUCUGCCUCCCUGUCUUGGGGCUGCCGGUUCCCCCAGUCACACAGGCUACCCCAUGCCUGCCCCUUGCUGUCAGGCUGGACUGAGCCAUAAACAGGGGAAGGACAUCCCCCUCCCUUGUCCUGGCAUCCCCUGAGGGUGCCUCGGAGUAGGUGCCUGGCCCUGCUGCUGGAGCUGCUGGUGGCCCUGGCUCAGCCGUGGGGAUAGGCACUGCAGCGCAGGGAGAGGUGUGUCCCUGGGCCCUUUGCAGGGAUGCUUCAUGUCCCCCAGCCCAGUCCCUGGGGACCCCUCGAGGCCCCCCGUGAUGGUCAGCCAUCAGCAGUGUAGAUGUGUCGGUGUGUAGCGGUAGCUGUGCGUGUGUGUUGGCAUUAGCCACGGUGUUUCGGUACCCCCGUGCGGGUGCCAGCCUGCGGAGCCAGGCGGGCAUCACGCAUCAGACACGUGUUCCCUGGAUAGAGCGCGUCCUCUUCUCUGCGUCCCCUCCCUCCCCGGCCUUCCCCCACCUGAUCCAGUCCCGCCCCCAAAGGUGGAAAAGCCAAAUAAGCGCCGGGACAGCCGUGAUUCUGGCAGCCUGCUCCCGCCUCACCGCCGCCUCGGGGGGACUUUGCCUUCCCACCCCCUGGGCAGCCCCGCGCCAGGAGCAUCUGAAGCCCCCUCCCAUGUGUGAGCGGGAUUUGGGGUUCUCGUGGGGUCCGGCGGCCCCAGAGCUCUCUAAAACACACGUAUCUCACCCAGCACCUCGGUGCCUUCUUGGGGUGCACAGCCACCCCAUGCUGUGGCCAGGGCUUCUCAGGGAGGGCGCCGAGGCUGACGGUCACCUGCCCUCCAUCCCUGUCCAUGGGGAAGCCAAAGCCCCCAGGUACCAGCAAGGCCUGAGGCCACACUGAGGGUCUCGCAUCACACGUGUGCUUUGCUGACCCUGCAGCUCAGGGCUCAGCUUCCGUUCCUAUGGGGAACACGGGUCCCAGUGGUCCCCUACGUGCUGUGCAUCACCCUUGAGCCAGGGUGAUCCCUCCACAGAUUGUCAGGCGAAAUAUUUCCUCAGGAGCAGGUUCUGGGUCAGUGCCAGAACCGGAGCCAGUGCCAGGGUCUCCUGCCCUGGCUGCAAGCACAACAUCAUCCGCUUUGUCCCUGUCCUCACCCCUGUCCCCCUCCUCGAGUCUCGCCGGGUGUGUUUGUCAGGGAGAACCGUCGUGGACAGUGGUGGAUUUUCUGUGCCGUGUGGUUGUAGUGCUUAGAGACCCCUCCCAGCGUGCGGCCCCCUCCCGCUGCGCCCCCGCUGCCCGGUGCUGGCUGGCAUGCGUGUGCGAGCGUGUGUGCGUGCGCGUGCGACAUCCCGUCAUCACUCCAGACAAAGCGAAUAAUAAUAAUAAUAGUAAUAAUAAAUAAUAAAAAUAAACCAAACCUCUCUCAGGAAGCAGCUGCCCUGGCGGCGGCCGAGUGGGCCGGGGGUCCCCGGAGCUGGUGGGGCCCCGACGCAGCCUGCGGACGGGCGCCAGCGCUCGGGGUCACCUUUGUAGUGUUGUGUUAGUGAAGGGUCCCUGUGUCUGUUAUCUUGGAGAAACAGGAUUUUAGCCGAGGGGCAGUGACGACCCCAUCUGGGUCCGUCUUGGGGGUGUGACAUGGCUGGCCCUUGCUCUGCAGAACCUCGGCUAACAAUGAUCCUGACUGUUGUGAUUAUGGAAUAAAGUGUGUUGGUCUGCUCCCCAUGGCUCUGGCUCCUUCUGUGCUGCCUCGCUCCUCCCAGGAGAAUUUGGGGUUCCCAGGGCAAUGUGAGGUCCCCAGGGCGAUGUGGGAUUCCCAAUGGCCAGCAUCCAGCUCCCAGGCAUAUCACUUCCCACCCUGAGCCCCGGUUCCUGUGGGCUCUCCUGCAGCGGGGAGGUUCAGCCUCAUCAGUCAGUGUGGGCUGGGCGUCCCUGGGAGCAGUGUGAGCAUGUGCAUGUAUGUGCACGUAUGUGCUGUGCACAUGCAGCCCCUGCCCCACCCGUGUGCGUGUGUGGGCAACCCCGGCACCGCCCCCGACUCCGUUCAGCCGGGGGAGGGGACCGAGGGUAAUCGGGGGGGGAACUAGAGAGGGAGGGAACCGGGGGUGCUAAUCCAGACCCACAGGAGGGCCCGGGGGGGCCACGGGGUCACGUGCCACUUGCGGCACACCCAGACCCCCGCCCCCCGUCUCACCGCAGCUGUUGCCAUGACAACAAGAGGAGCCCAGAGCAUCCCCGAGUACUGCCAGCCCCUCCUGCUGCCUCGGCGCUCCUGGGGACCGGGCUGUCCCCGAGGGAGGGAGAAGUGCAGGGGUUGUCCAUGCCACAGUGACCCCCCCAAGUCUGCAGGCUGCACCCACGGGACAGCCCCCAGCACCGCCCGGGGCCUGGGUGGUAGCACGGGGACAGCAAUGUUCCAGUGCGGCGUCACUGCAGCCCCCGGCAAUGGGAUUCCUCUCUGCAGGGGCACUGCUGGGAGCAGGGGGGACCAUGGGGCAGCCACAGUCAGAGCUCACUGGCCAUCACCACUGCCCCCAUCACUUCAGUAAGGUCAGGGCCACACAGGCACAUCACACAUUGCCACUAGCCUGGUUCUGAGUUACAUGCGGCAGUGGCCUCUUGGCUACCCCUAAGGUGCCACGUACCUCCCGCCACCACUCCUCCUUCCCCCUUGCUGCCCAAAGGGUGUCCCUCCCAAAGGGCUCCAAGCACUGCUGAGAAAAUGGCUCCUGCAGAAGCCACAGGCAAUUAAAAAUAACCAACACGGCUGCCAGCCUUGAGCCAUCCAGACAAAACCGCUUCCAGGCUGGCCAAGGUGGCUGCAUCACCCCAGUUCAGCAGAGCAUGCCCUGGGAAUUGGGCAUCAUGCCCGGGAUCUCCUCCUGCAGCCAGGCACCCGGCCUGGGGUACAGGGCAGGCUGGGAGCUCGGGCUAUUUCCAGCCCCAUGCUGCUGAUGGGGGGGACACCCCGGAGAGCCAGCAGCACACACAAGGCCUGGCGCUGGCCCAGAGGGAGGCAGAUGGAUGGAGAACGGUGACCGGGGCAUGCACACACCCUUUGGCUCUGCUCCUGCUCCUCUUCCCACGGGGCUGCUGGCUGUGAGGCCACACUGAGCCGGCCUGGCCACCGCAGGGAAGGUGCCAGUUCUGGGCCCCAGGGUGC